AUGGACUCUCAUCCAUCAUCUGCCUACGAGCCCUAUAGGCACGCCGCAGACGCCGAUAAGGCAGAGAGAAAUCUGGAUCCAGCGGACGACGCACAAACUCUUCUUGGGCAGCAGCAGCGGUCCCAGAAAGCUCGCCCUCUAAAAGGACGAGCCUCUCACGAUCCUCUCCAACUGGUUCGAGGCAUUCUGCGAGCUUCCGCAUUGAUCCUCGCCAUAACCAUUUUAGCCUUUCAGGGUUACUCGGCAUAUACCUGGCUCAACACGCGCCAUCAGUCGUCCAAAAACGUCAGGACGGGCUUACAAACAGCGUCAUGGGCUGUGCUCGACAUGUGGCCAACAUGGACAAUUCUGAGCGUCGCAGCGUUGGCGACAGUGGUCUACAUGCUGGCCUUCGGAAGCUUGUGUGGCUGCUGCCGCAGCAUGCGAGAGGGUCCGGUCCAUGUUUGGAGCGUCUACUUGAGCUCUGUGCUACUCAUCUCCACAUGGACUGCCGCACUCGUGUACUUCAAGAAAGUGGACUCUCUGGGCACCAAGAAACAGAACUGGGACCUUUGGUCAUGGACCUGUCACCGCAGGUCCACCCACGGUAGCAUUCCCUGGAAAGCCCUUUGUGUGGAAAAUACCUACACUUUCUACGCUUCCCUACUCGUCGUGAUCAUGGAGGUUAUUGGCUUGCUUCUCUUUGUGGUCUGGCAUCGAGGGUUUCGAGCGAGCACAGUGUAUAAGAGUAUUCAGUCUUCGCGGGUAGGAUACCAUCGAUUUGCCACUGAGUGA